AGUCAGCUUAUUGGUUACUGUCUGGAGGGACAAAAAUCAACCUGGAAGCUUCACAAACAGUCAUGCUCGUGUCUUUCCUUUCCAAACAUACAAACGUCUUGUGAUUGAUUACUUCUUAUUAAGUUACCUAAGUAUGUUAUCGUGUUAAACCAGCAUUUUCGUCAGUGCAUUUCUGCAACUAGCAAGGAUACACUACUUCCUCGAAGACGAAGGCGAUGGUACUUGUGCAGUGGAUUUCGUCAACUGCAAGUACAAUUGUCUUCAUAUCCGUUGGCCUUCUGCUUGUUGAAGCUAAACAGCCCCCGCACAUAGUGUUUAUUCUUGCAGACGAUUUCGGUUGGAAUGAUGUUGGUUAUCACGGAUCUGAGAUCAAAACGCCGAACCUGGACAAACUUUCCGCAAAAGGCGUCAGAUUAGAAAAUUACUACGUUCAACCGAUAUGUACCCCCUCUAGGAAUCAACUCAUGACCGGCCGCUAUCAGAUUCACACGGGCAUGCAGCAUGAGAUCAUCUGGCCUUGCCAGCCCUACUGUGUGCCCCUGGCAGAGAAGCUGUUGCCUCAGCUGAUGAGAGAAGCUGGUUAUGCCACGCACAUGGUGGGAAAGUGGCACCUUGGCAUGUACAAGAAGGACUGCCUACCCACGCGCAGGGGGUUCGAUUCUUAUUUUGGCUACCUGACAGGAAGUGAGGACUACUUCAGCCACCAGCGUUGUAGCCCCGUCCCCCCUCACAACGAGACGCGCUGCGCCCUCGACCUGAGAGACGGGGAGGAGGUUGCCACGGGAUACACGGGCACAUACUCGACGCAGCUGUUCACCGACAGGGUCGCCAGCAUCAUCGCUAAACAAGACCCCUACAAGCCUCUCUUCCUCUACGUGGCUCUGCAGGCCGUCCAUGCUCCUCUGCAAGUGCCAGAGCACUACAUCGCCCCCUACAGCUUCAUAAAAGACCAUCACCGUCGAGUGUACGCAGGCAUGGUGUCGGCCAUGGAUGAGGCAGUGGGAAACAUCAGUCUGGCUCUGCAGGAGAGAGGCCUGUGGAGUAACACAGUGCUGGUCUUCUCGACAGAUAAUGGAGGUCAGACUCUCACAGGGGGCAGCAACUGGCCUCUGAGAGGCAGGAAGUGCACGUUGUGGGAGGGCGGAGUCAGGGGCGUGGCCUUCGUGACCAGCCCACUUCUGAAGAAGCCCGGGACCGUCAGCCGAGAGCUGGUGCACAUUUCUGAUUGGCUGCCCACGCUCGUGAGCCUGGCGGGGGGGACGACCAAUGGCACGAAGCCGCUGGACGGGUUUGACGUGUGGAAUACUGUCAGCAAAGGCUUUGCGUCACCCAGAGUGGAGCUGCUCCACAACAUAGACCCUCUCUACGUCGACAUGGCCCCAUGUCCUGGCGUUGCGUCCCGGUUGACCUUGGCUCGGGGUUCUGGUCCGGAGCCGUGGUCUAACUCGGGCUUCAACGUGUCCAUUCACUCUGCCCUCCGCUUCAUGAAAUGGAAGCUGUUGACUGGGUAUCCAGGUUGUGACGUGUGGUUCCCCCGGCCGGGGCAGGAGGGUUCGGAGAGGAGCGGCCUGAAGGACGCUCCGCUGAAGCCUGUCAUGCUGUUCAACCUGGAGGACGACCCUGAGGAGAGGCUUGACGUGUCGGAGCAGCACCCAGACGUGGUGGAGCAGCUCCUCAGAAGACUGAGUCACUACCAGAGCUCAGCCAAGCCAAUCAUCUACCCCGAUGACGACCCCAGAUGUGACCCUGGUACUGGAGCCUGGGGACCCUGGGCCUAGAGGAUGUGGAUGUGGAUGAGGAUGUGGAUGAGGAUGAGGAUGAAGAUGUGGAUGAAGAUGUGGAUGAGGAUGUGGAU